AUGGAGGCAGCUGCCUAUGGGCUGAAAGCUCUGAAUCUAAAGAAUGAGACAGCUGUAUUGGGAGGAAAUGUGACUAUUUUCUGCAAUCUGACAAGUCCAGCAGACAUUGUGCAAAUUACAUGGCAGAAGAUUCAAAACUCUUUGACACAAAAUAUUGGCACUUACAGCAGUAAAUAUGGAGAAAAGAUUCUUCCACCAUACAUAGGCAGGCUUCAGUGUAAAAUCAUUGAACCCAAUUCAUCAUUCAUAACAAUCCAAGAAGUAACACUUGAAGAUGAAGCUUGCUACAAAUGUCUAUUUAAUGUGUUUCCACAUGGCAGCCAUGGAGAACAAAUCUGCCUUAACAUUAUAAUUGUAUCUGAAUUAAUUGAACAACGAUUCAAUCACGACUCUGAAGGUUUUCUCAGCCUUUCAUAUUCAGCUGUAGGAAAACCUGCUCCUCAAAUCUCUCUUUUUCCCUCACAAAUCCUAAUUAACCCUCCUGAGGAACGUCUUGUUCAAAACCCAAAUGGUACAGUUACUGUCACUAAAUCAUACACCGUCUCUUUGGAGAUGGUGGAGUCCUUGGGACUCCAACAGCUGGUUGUGAACAUGGAUCACCCUUUAAAGAAUGAAGAGAAGAUUGUUCCUCUCUCUGAAAAACAAGAAUGUCAGACAAUGUACCAGAACCAUCCCCACAGCAGCCUCAUGCGGACCCCUUAUUGAACCCUUGUCAUCGAACACAGAGAGACUUUCACUGUAGAGAUUUUGGGGACCACUGAUAUCUUGUUAGUGCAAUCACCCUCCCCAGCACCACCACCACAGAUCCAAGAACUCUGGAACCUGAUUUUUUAAA